AUGGCCCCUAUCAUUGUACUCAUCACCGGUGCCAAUCGUGGCUUGGGUCAAGGGCUGGUCAAGGGUUUCGCCGCUGAACUGGACCAUAUCAAUGCUUCUGCUGCCAUCCGUGAUCCAGCGCACACGACCGCCCAGGCACUUGCCGAGCUGUCCAAAGGCAAGGGCAGCCAUGUCAUUAUAGUCAAGUAUGAAACGAGCGUCGAGCAGUCUGCUUUUGAUUCUGUCAGAGAAACUACCGACCAGGGCAUCGGCCAUCUCGACAUUGUUGUCGCUAACGCCGGCAUCGCCGAAUUAUGUCCAAUCGUGGAGGAUAAGUCGACCGGAAAGCCCAUCUAUGCCAUUGUGGGAUCCGGCGCCAGUGGUCUCGCGUAUGUCUGCUCGGAUUUGGGACACAGUAGAUGGAAACUAGUUGUCUCUAAGCAUCAAACCCCAGUCCGAAGUGCGGCAUGUGGCGCAUCGAAGUCGAUUGUCAACUGGUACGGCGUUCGGAUCAACGCCGAGAAUGAGUGGCUCAAUGCGUUUGUUUUGGAUCCCGGCUGGGUGCAGACCGCCAUGGACAAUGCUGCUACGCAGCUUUGGGGUCUAGAAGUGGCGCCAGGUAGCUAUGGGAGUUCCAUUACCGGGAUGGUUGAAGUUCUGAGCAUAGGCACUAAGGAGCAGUAUGGCGGCAAGGUCGUGAGGUUCUUGGGUGAGGUUCAGGAAGGGUGA